GCUGGAGGAGCUGGCGCAACCCGAAGGCCGCUGCGGGCGACGGCGCGGGCCGGGUCGGCGGGAUUCUUCAUUCUUAGCUGGUGGAGAAUGGGGGAGAUAGAAGGAACAUACAGAGUCCUGCAGACUCCGGGGACACGCUUGGGCAGCCCGACCCCAGCAGGGGUGAGCACCCUGGAGCCUGGGCAGACACUCUCAGUAACAGCGGCACGGGCAUCCGCUAGAAUGCAGGAGAAGCACCUUCACAUCCGAGUGAAGCUGCUGGACAACACCGUGGAAAUAUUUGACAUUGAGCCUAAGCGCGAUGGCCAGAUGUUGCUGACUCAGGUAUGGAGGCGCUUGAACCUGACGGAGUGUGAUUACUUCGGGCUGGAGUUUCAGCACCCCCGGUCCUACUGGAUUUGGCUGGAACCUAUGAAGCCCAUCAUUAGGCAAGUACGAAGGCCAAAGAACGCGUUGCUUCGUCUAGCGGUGAAAUUUUUCCCACCUGAUCCGGGUCAGUUGCAGGAAGAAUAUACAAGAUACCUGUUUGCCUUGCAACUUAAGAGGGACCUCCUGGAGGAGCGUCUGCCUUGCACGGACACCACGGCCGCCCUCCUGGCAUCCCACCUUCUGCAAGCGGAAAUAGGAGAUUAUGAUGAAACCCUGGACAGAGAGCACCUCAAAGCCAAUGAGUACCUGCCCAGUCAGGAGCAUUCUCUUGAAAAGAUUCUGGAAUUCCACCGGAAGCACACGGGCCAGACGCCUGCUGAGUCGGAUUUCCAGGUGCUCGAAAUUGCCCGGAAGUUGGAAAUGUAUGGCAUCAGAUUUCACACGGCUUCUGACAGGGAGGGGGCCAGAAUUAACCUGGCUGUUUCCCACAUGGGUGUCCUCGUGUUCCAGGGCACCACCAAAAUUAACACUUUCAACUGGUCCAGGGUCCGAAAACUCAGUUUUAAGAGGAAAAGGUUUCUCAUCAAACUGCACCCAGAGGUCCGUGGACCUUACCAGGACACGCUGGAGUUCUUGCUGGGCAGUAGAGAUGAAUGCAAGAAUUUCUGGAAGAUCUGUGUGGAGUAUCACACCUUCUUUAGACUCCUGGAUCAACCUAAGGCCAAAGCUAAAGCCGUCUUCUUCAGCCGGGGCUCGUCCUUCAGAUACAGUGGAAGAACACAGAAACAACUGGUGGAUUAUGUCAGAGACAGUGGGGUGAAGAGAGUUCCAUACGAAAGAAGACACAGCAAGACUCGGAUGUCUAUUCGUGCUCUGACUGCAGACUUGCCAAGGCAGAGCAUCUCAUUCACCGAGGGCAUGAGGACUUCUGCGUCCCCAUCUUCAACAAAUGCUUCCUUCUAUUCAGUUCCUACCUCCCCUCUGGCCCCUCGAGGCCCACCCGAUUUCAAAGACAGCAGCGGCUCCCUCACAGAGCCCCAGGCUCCAGACACCAAGAGGCCAGCUGCAGAGAGGAGCAGCGGAGCAGCAGCCGAUGGCGACACCCGAUGGGCCCAGUCCCCGGGGCCCCCUCCGCUGCAGCCUUGUCAAGGCCUUUCAAUGGAGAGUCCUCAGCCUUCUCCCACCACUCGGAAGAGCCCACUGAGCCUGAGCCCUGUGUCUCAGGUGACCCUGGGCCCAGCUGGGCAGGGCUUGUCCCCCCUCCUGAGCCCUGUCCUUAGCCACGCUGGCGGAGCCGGGACGGACAGCGAGGAGCAGCCGAAACACAAGAGCACGGCAGCAGAUGAGGCCUAUUUCAUAGCCAAGGAGAUUCUCGCUACAGAACGAACAUACCUGAAGGAUUUAGAAGUUCUCACUGUGUGGUUCCGCAGUGCUGUGGUCAAGGAGGAUGCCAUGCCCGCAGACCUGAUGACCCUGCUCUUCUCCAACAUAGACCCCAUCUAUGAGUUCCACAGAGGCUUCCUGCGUGAGGUGGAGCAGAGGCUGGCACUCUGGGAAGGGUCUUCUGACACCCAUGUCACAGGCGGUCAUCAACGAAUCGGGGACAUCCUGCUCAGGAACAUGCAUCAGUUAAAGGGGUUCACCAGCUGCUUCCAAAGGCAUGAUGAAGUUCUGACAGAACUGGAAAAGGCCACCAAACGCUUGAAGAAGCUCGAGGCAGUAUACAGAGAGUUCGAGCUCCAGAAGGUCUGCUACCUGCCCCUCAACGCCUUCCUGCUGAAGCCCAUCCAGCGCCUGCUGCACUACCGCCUGCUGCUGGGCCGCCUGUGCGCACACUACGGGCCGGCACACCCCGACCACACUGACUGCCGCGAUGCCCUCCAGGCCAUCACAGAGGUGACCUCCACUCUCCAGCACAGCCUCGCCCGGCUGGAAAACCUCCAGAAGCUGACAGAGCUGCAGCGGGACUUGGUCGGCAUAGAGAAUCUUAUCACUCCUGGCAGGGAGUUCAUCCGCGAGGGCUGCCUUCACAAGCUCACCAAGAAGGGCCUCCAGCAGAGGAUGUUUUUCCUGUUCUCAGAUAUGCUGCUGUACACAAGCAAAGGGGUCACGGGCAGCAGCCACUUCCGGAUCCGGGGCCGCCUUCCCCUCUGCGGCAUGCUGCUAAUAGUGCUGGACCCACCGGUAGAGGAAGGUGAGCACGAACGGUCUGUUCCCCACUGCUUCACCAUUUGUGCAGCUCCGAAAACAGUCGUGGUGGCAGCCAGCACUCGCCUGGAAAAGGAGAAGUGGAUAUGUGACCUGAACACCGCCAUUGAUGCAGCCAAGAGCAGGAGUGGCCAGUCCCUGGUGUUGCCGGGCAGCGUGGUGUGCUCGACGCCCUCCAGAUGCAUGGAGGAGGUCUCUCCGGAGCAGGAGUCCGAGGAUGCACGCAGCUCCCGCGGCUCCCUGGAAGGCCAGGGGCAGCCCCGGGCCAACACCACGGUGCGCGUGUGCUGGUACCGAAACACCAGUGUGUCCAGAGCUGACCACAGCGCGGCGGUCGAGAAUCAGCUUUCAGGGUAUCUGCUAAGAAAAUUCAAGAACAGUAAUGGCUGGCAGAAGCUCUGGGUGGUCUUUACCAAUUUCUGUCUGUUCUUCUACAAAACUCAUCAGGACGACUACCCCCUGGCCAGCCUCCCGUUGCUGGGCUACAGCGUGAGCGUCCCCAAGGAGGCUGAUGGUGUCCAUAAGGAGCACGUCUUCAAGCUCCAGUUCAAAUCCCAUGUCUACUUCUUCCGAGCAGAGAGCAAGUACACGUUUGGGAGUGAACAUCUUGGGAGCUUCUGGUCCAACCUCAUCUCCAGGUGGAUGGAGGUGAUCGAGAGAGCCGGCAGCUCACCUGGGAGGGCCAGGCGACCUGAGGAAGAGGCGUGAAGGCCAUCCUGCCCAACGAGGACAGAGCCGAGGAAGCAGAGCUGAUUCAGCACAUACCCCAUGUCACAGCAUCCCCAGUGUAGGAUGGGAGAGGGAGCCUCACAGUGACCUCUGGGA